AUGAGUUGUAAUUUGAAAUGUUAAGGGUUUAAGAGGUUGCUUUUAUGUUUUGUAUAUUUGAAUGUAGUAUUGUAAAGUUUAUUUUAUUGGUAUUUUGUUAUAAAUUUUAUGAUACUAAGAAUUUCUGAAAAUGGAUUUUUAACUGCUGAAUAUUGAGUUAAAACGGAGUGAUUUUUAAAGGAUGUAAAUGGUGUCGCUUACAUUCCAGCCAGGCAGCUGACUUUAAUGUGGAAUAGCGCGCCCGUAGCAAAUGUAGCAUGAUUGAUCAACUAUGAAGAACAAUUGAUUGAGAGAUAAAGGAUGUCAAUCUUCUUUGAAUCAGUUUGAACUUUACCUUGACCUUUACCAUAAUUUUGACAUUGAAUUACCAUCAUGACAUAGUGUGGCAUGUUAUGCUUUAUGAAAGGAAAUCUGACAGUUUUUGUUCCUUUUAGGGAUCUGACUUUUUUUAUUUGACUCCACAUAGUGUGUAAUAACUUCUGCUAAAAAUGGCAUCCACUGACACAGACAAAAAGAACUUGCUUGAAAAAGCAGAAAAGAAUGACGAUGUUUCCAUGACAACAGAAAAGGUCAAGGACACAACAGAAGGUCAACCUGGUGCAAACUUUAGCUCAAAUGAGAAAGACUUGGACAAUGAUAAUGAUAUAGAAAUUAAAGAUAUAAAAUUGACAAUAAGUGAACAUGACACUGAAGAUGUUACCAUGGCAACAAAAGAAGAAUCAGCCAAUGAGAAAACAGGUUUGAUUGACAGUGAUAGCAGCAGAAGUGAUUCAGAAGAUGAUAGGGAAGAUGUUACCAUGGCAACAGAAAGCGAUGUUGAUGACAGGAUUGAAGACAUGACUAGAAGUUUGUUGGGACUAGAUGUAUGUGGAGAGUUCUCUCCAGAAAGUUCAGUUCAUCGGAAGACUUUCAGACGUUACAAAAAGGCCAUGAAAGGUGUAAUACCAAUCAGAUUUGAGAAAACAAAAAAAGAUGAGUUUCCAGUUGAAAAAGCGGGAUGCUUUUCUCUGAUGACCUUCGGUUGGCAGACGUCCUUGAUGUGGAAUAUUUAUCGUAAAGGAAUUGAUGCCAUUAAAGAUCUAUGUAUUGGAGAAAGUGAGAAAGCUAAACCUAAUACAGACAGACUUGAUAGACUUUGGAAGGAAGAACUUGAGAGAAAAGGGCCAAGAAAAGCCUCACUUGUUCUAACUGUUGCACGAUUUUGUCGAACUCGAGUUUUGCUGUCUUUUAUGUCGCUUUUAGUAGCGACUGUUCUAGCUUUCUCCACACCUGCUUUUGUUCUUCACCGAUUGCUGUCCUACCUAAAUUCUGGUGAUGUUGACAUUGGAGUGGGCAUUGGACUGGUUGUAGCUAUAACUGUGACAGAGUUUGGCAGAACGUUAUUCUUUUCUCAUGCCUGGCAUUUUAAUUAUGCAUCAGGUGUGCGGGUAAGAGCAGCCACUCAAGGUCUUUUGUUCCGAAAGAUCUUAAAAUUGAGAAGCCUGGAAGACAAAACUGUGGGUGAGAUUGUGAAUCUACUUGGCAAUGACAGUCAAAGGAUUUUUGAAGCUAUUUCUAUUGGUCCAUUGAUGUUACCUGGACCCCUGGUCCUUGUGAUGGGCCUCAUUUACAUGUUGUUUCUGAUUGGUCCGUGGUCUCUUAUUGCCAUGGGAAUAUUUGGAGCAUUCUAUCCAGUAAUGUAUUUCAUUUCCUUCUUGACCAAUUACUACAGGAGAAAGUGUAUAGUUGUAACAGAUAAGAGGGUACGGAUGAUGAAUGAAUUGCUGACAUGUAUCAAGCUGAUCAAAAUGUAUGCAUGGGAAAAGUCCUUCGCUAAAGCAAUAUCAGUUAUACGUGCAGAAGAAAGGGGUAUUUUAGAGAAAGGGGCCUAUGUGCAAAGCAUCAGUACGGCUACUGCCCCCAUUGUACCGGUGAUGGGAGCAGUAUUCACAUUCCUUGCUUAUGUAUUGACAGGAAAUGAGCUCACCGCAGUUAAGGCAUUUACUAUCACAGCUGUGUUGAAUUCCAUGAGAUUUACGCUCGGAGUUCUGCCAUUUUCUGUUAAAGCCCUAGCUGAUGCUAAAGUGUCUUUUAAAAGAUACAAGAGUAUUUUACUUAUGGAUGAGAUGACACCGCACCCAUGGCAGGUAUUCAAUGACAAAUAUGCACUGGUCCUUAACCAUACAACCUUUAAAUGGGACAAAGAUUCUACUGCAGAAAAGAAUGGAAAGAACAAAAGCAAAGAUAAAGGGAAAGCAUCAAAGACAAAAGCUAGCAAUGGUUUAAAAGGACGUGAAGAACUCCAGACAUUAAAGGACUCGGAUCAAACUAACGAAGAUGUGGCCUUUGUCGAUACACCAACACUACAGGACUUGACUUUAGUAGCAGAAAAGGGCAAAUUGAUAGGAAUCUGUGGAAGUGUAGGAAGUGGAAAAUCAUCGUUACUGUCUGCUGUGCUGGGCAGGAUGCUGCACGUAUCGGGGAAAGUGGCAGUACAAGGUUCGCUUGCCUAUGUAUCCCAGCAGGCUUGGGUGAUGAACACGACAGUGAGAGAUAACAUUCUGUUUGGAGAAACAUAUGAUCCGGACAGGUAUGCAGCAGUGGUAGAAUCAUGUGCCUUACUGCAAGAUUUCUCAGAUUUUGUUGAUGGUGAUCAGACAGAGAUAGGAGAGAGAGGAAUCAAUCUUAGUGGAGGACAGAAACAAAGGAUCAGCUUGGCACGUGCUGUCUACAGUAACAAAGACAUAUACUUAUUGGACGACCCUCUCUCAGCUGUAGAUAUACAUAUAGGCAGACAUAUCUUCUCAGAAUGUAUCAUGAAGCAACUGAAAGGGAAAACAGUGCUGUUUGUUACACAUCAACUUCAGUAUUUGAGUAAUUGUGACCAGGUGAUAUUUAUGCGAGAUGGUAAGAUUACAGACACGGGUACACACAGUGAGUUGAUGAAAGGUGACACGGAGUAUGCCAGUCUCAUUAAGAUGUUCUACACACAGGAGAAAGAAAAGGAAGCUAGCUUGGACAAUAUUGGGCGACCCAAAUCUCUCCACAAACAGUUUUCAGUUGAUCGCCCUGAUUAUUUCCGACAAAGAACUCUGUCCUCGGGUUCCCAAGGUUCUCAGGGGUCACCAAGGACAAAAAGAGACCCACUACGUCAGAUGAGUGUCAUGUCAAAUAGAACAGUGAGUGUAGAAGAGGAAGAACAGAAACCCACUGGUGGCAAGUUGAUUGUUGCUGAAGAGAAGAAAGAAGGGAAAGUUGGUUGGCCGGUGUACAGGACAUACAUAAAAGCUGCUGGCGGUUAUAUUGUGUCAGGUCUAGUCAUCUUAACAUUUGUCGUAACUAUUGCUUCACAGUCCUUCGCCAGCUGGUGGCUGUCGUACUGGUUGAAUCAAGGCAGUGGGAACACAACAAUCACAGUAGGAAAUGAAACAUUUAUCAGUAAAAGUGUAUCAGAUCAUCCAAACCUACAUUUCUACACGACAGUUUAUGGUUGCAGUGUUGCUGUUAUGAUUGUCAUGACUGCGCUUAGAGCUUUUGUUUUCAUGAAGGCAACUCUGCGAGCUUCCAGUACUAUGCACAAUGAUAUCUUCAGAAAAAUGAUGGCCUCACCAAUGAAGUUUUUUGAUACAACACCAGUUGGGAGAAUCAUCAACAGAUUCUCCUCGGAUCUUGAUGAAAUUGAUGUACGUUUACCUGCCACAAGUGAGAUGUUUCUGCAGAAUAUGUUAAUGAUACUGUUUGCAAUUGGAAUUAUAGCCUACGUGUCGCCAUGGUUUCUGAUCGCGCUGGUACCCCUGGUGUUGUGCUUUCUGGCUCUUGAUGUCGUCUUUACUUCAGGAGUACGUGAGUUAAUGCGUAUGAAUUCAAUAACAAAGUCGCCGGUAAUAAGUCAUGUUACUGCAACAGUUCAAGGUAUAAGCACCGUUCACGCUUAUGGGAAGACAGAUCAGUUCCUGGACAAAUUUAAUAAACUGUUAGACAAAAAUACUGGGUAUUUUUAUCUGUUCUAUUGUUCCAAUCGAUGGCUUGGAUUUCGCCUCAAUCUCAUGAGUACCGUUGUAGUUGGAAUCACUGGGUUGUGUAUAGUUCUUACUUACGACAAGCUUACCCCGGCACUUGCUGGUUUGGCUUUUUCAUUCGCAUUUCAGAUGACUGGACUGUUCCAGUUUACAAUCAGACAGGCUAUAGAAAGUGAGGCCAAAUUUGUUGCAGUCCAAAGACUUCAGCAUUAUUCAGAGGAUGUUGAAUCUGAAGCACCAGCAGUAGUCAAAGGUCACAGACCUGCAGAUGACUGGCCGGAGUCCGGGGAGAUAAAAUUUGAAAAAUACAAGAUGAGAUACAGAGAUAAUCUCCCCUUAGCAUUGAAAGGAAUAGGUUUUACAAUCAGAGCUAAGGAGAAAAUAGGCAUAGUUGGGAGAUCAGGGUCAGGAAAGUCAUCACUAGGUGUAGCUUUAUUCCGAUUGGUUGAGCCAGUGUCAGGAACUAUAUUAAUAGAUGGCGUAGACAUAACACAAAUAGGACUGGAGGACCUGAGGUCUAGAUUAGCAAUCAUCCCACAAGAUCCAGUACUGUUUGUAGGAACAGUUAGGUAUAAUUUGGAUCCAUUUUCAAAACACAAAGAUUCUGAACUUUGGGAUGCUUUGGAAAAAUGCCAUGUUAAAGACACUAUUUCAUCUUUAGAGUUGAAGUUAGAUCAUAUGGUUGUGGAGAAUGGUGAGAAUUUUUCUGUUGGAGAAAGGCAGCUGCUGUGUAUGGCCAGAGCUCUUCUAAGGAAUAGUAAGAUUUUGAUGCUUGAUGAAGCGACUGCUGCCAUUGAUACAGAGACAGAUGCUCUUGUACAAAAAACAAUCAAGGAAGCUUUUGCUGAAUGUACCAUGUUAAUCAUAGCACAUAGACUUAAUACGGUACUAGGAUGUGAUAGAAUUCUAGUGAUGGAAGAGGGAAAGGUUGUUGAGUAUGGACGACCAAAGGACUUGAUGGCCAGCAAAAUAUCUAAGUUUAAAGCUAUGUUAGAAGCUGUAGAAAAACAACAUGAACAGUUAUAAUUUUAGAAGAAAGAUAGAGAUACUCUUACCAGGCAUAGAAGCAUUCUUGGGUAAAACACAGGAUGACUAUCAAUCACAAAAUGGCCAUAUUCUCUGUGCAAGAGAUGUUCUAGUCAUAUGAGAUAUGCAUCCAUGUAUAAAAGAUACCGAAUUACAAUGUAUGUCAAAAUAAAGUUGCUGCUAGGUGACAAAGUAAUUGUUCAGUGUAAAUGCAAUCCAGAUGCAAUGUUAGAAUUUUGAUAUCUUUGCCUCGGAUUUGUAAAUGAUGGAGAAAUAUGUUAGAAAGUUGGGUUAAGUGUUUAAUAUGUAUUAUAAAUUUUGAGCAACAUGCAUGUGGGAGAUGCCAAGGUUGUACAGAUCUGUCUCAGCAUGUCCAUCUUAGUGUUUUCUUUGUGUUUUUCAUGACAGCUCAGUCCCACAUGAAAUUUCUUCUUUGGGUCAUCUGUAAUAGAAAAAAUAGGUCACUAGAUAAAAUCCUGGAAAAACCUUCAUUCCACAGUCUUGUUUUCUAUUUUUACCUCAUGUUUUUAUUUCGAUGUAAAUGAGAUGUGGAACCAAAAUUUAUAGUCCUGUUUGGCACCAUAUAACCUAUACUGUGUUGGUGCGCCGUUAAACCCAAAUAAAUAAACAGUUUGUCUUUAUUUUAUUUGUCUUUAUGCUACUUGCAGUCUUUGUAACAUUACAUUUAUAUCAGUACUACCAGGUUAGCUUAGAUGACAGACUAGCCUAGCUUAUAGGUGACAAGACUAUUCUCCUUGAGAGUUUUUUGUUUUAGAAUUUUACAAAGAACAAAUUGUUGACAUUUGACAUAGCACUUUGUAUGUGUUGUCGGUUCUAUACAAAGGAAAAUACCCAAUGAUGUACACUGUAUUUAUACUUGUUAUAUUCUUAUUUUUAAACAUGGUGUAGGUACAAAGGAAGUUUAAACAUAAAAUAUUCAUAAAUAUACAUUUUGUGUUGUAAAUUCACUAUAGUGGGAUGUUUUAUCCCUUGAUUUGGUAAAAAAUGGAAUUUUAGACUGUAUCUAUGUAACAUAUUGAUGGCUUUAUGAUACUUUGAUGGUGCAUGUGAAACUUUUGUCAGGAUCUUUUGAGUAACUGAAGAGUUACUGCCCUUUAAUUAUUUUAAAAUUCACAAAUUUUCAUACGAAAAAGUAACACAUGAUGGAUCUUCAUGAAACUAAAUACAAAUAUAGAUAACUAUAGGAUGGAAAUGACCAUGCUACUUCCAUCUGGAUCUCUUCAGUAGCUGCAGAGUUAUUUCCCUUUAAUUGUUAUAUCUUUUGGAAUAUAGUCCCCUGAUUCAUUAGGUAUAUAAAUUCACCGAAUUUGCUUGUAUUCUACCAGUCUUCUACAUGAACACAUGUUUCAACAGAAAUGAAUUGUUUCAAACCCACCUUAUAUUCUACCAGUCUACUGCAUUAAUAUAUGAAUACAUGUAUGUAAAGGGUGCUGAAAAUUUGUUGAUUGUUGAAUAAGUUGGUAUAAAUACCCUUGGUAUAUAGGGUCAUUUAGUUGUAUACAAAACAUAUUUUAGUCUCUUUCUUAUUGUUAAGGGUUGUGUUCAGUACAUUGUUUAUUGUGGACAAGUUACAAUACAUUGUUUAUUGUUGACCAGUUACGACACAUUGUUCAUUGUGGACCAGUUACAAUCUUAUCAUGACAGUUCAUUGUUUUAGUUGAAUUACUGUUUACAUUUAAGAAGCUGUGAUAAGGUAGCUAUAUCUAACAAUUAAAUAUUUGCAUUCCAGUGACUUCAUAAAGACAAUUUUAUACAAGAGACAACCUCUUGUUUAUCCUUCAAAAAUUCUGUUUAUUAUGCCCCCGAAGGGAGGCAUAUUAGUUUUCAACUGUCUGUCCGUUCGUUCGUUCGUCACAACGUUAACUUUUUGCAUGAAGGCACUUUACUCGCGAACCACUGCACCCAGGACCUUCAAACUUCACAUGCUGAUAGUACUUAUUGAGUACACGACCCCUACUGACUUUGGAGUCACCAGGUCAUAGGUCAAGGUCACCAGGUCAAAGAUCAAGACACUGCGGGGGCAUUUGUCACCAUUAGUGACAGCUCUUGUUUUUCUGUUUGUUUUACAAUGGUUUUACGUUUUUUCUCCCACAAUAGGCUUACUUCUUACAAUGAGUCUCCUGCCUUACAAAUGACAAACCAAAAUUUUCAUUUUAUACAUUAAAAUAUAUAUAAACUAUCCCAGUAGACACAUAGACCUUCUUCAAACUAGCUUGAUGAAAGAUUUUUGUUCAGGCAUUUGUUUUGAGAAAACAGAUUCCAUUUUUUACUAUAUUAUACAUGUACUGAUAUGUCUGAGGCUUUAAUGUUUUAUAUGUUGAAUGGUAUUCAAAUUAUAUUUGCGAUGUUGUUUCUUAAGACUGUGUUAUUGAUAUGUGAAGUAAAGUAUAUUUUCAUAUUUGAUCCAUAAAUACAUUGUUUUGACAGUAUAUAUUUUAAUUGUAAUAAAACAGAAACCAAAUUCCA